AUGGAGUUCCGAGGUGUAGAUGAUGAUGAAUUAGAUGAUAACUUUGAGAUAAUUGAAGUUGGCAAUGGUAGAUAUAGUUCAAGUUUUCACAUUUCCAAGCAUUACAUUGGCUCUAUUAUAGGUAAAAAAGGGAUCAUGAAAAAUAGAAUUGAAAGGGACACAAGAACAAUCAUAAAAAUACCUAGAAUGGGAGAAGCGGGUAAUGUUACUAUCCUUGGUCCAAGCAUAUCUAAUGUGAAAGCUGCAUGCAGAAGAAUUAACAUAAUUGUCAUAUCUUCAAGAAAGAAGCAAAGAUGCACUCAUUUUCUUUCAAUACCCUUAAAUGACCCGCAUAUAAUGAAAAGUUUUGAAAGUUUCAAGCAACAAGUUCUACAAGAAUGCAAUAAUAGAGGAGUUGAAGAAGCUAUAUUUAUUGAACAGCAGAAAUUGCAUAUCACCAUUGGAGUGAUGUGUCUGAUGGAUCAAGAAGAGCGGCAACAAGUGUCAAAGUUGUUAUGUAAUGCCAAAGAUAGCAUUCUUAUGCCUUUGCUUAAGGAUCAUUUGCCACUGAGGAUAAAAAUAAAAGGUCUGUCUUAUAUGAAUGAUGAUCCGAAGAAUAUUAAAAUUUUAUAUGGAUGUGUUCAAGAUGAGCAUGGUAUGACUCAAAAGUUAGCCGACGCUUUAGUAGAAUAUUUUUCUAAUGCAGGUUUCGUGGAAAAAGGGGAAUAUGGUCGAGACAAUGUUAAACUGCAUGUGACUCUAAUGAACUCAAAAUUUAAAUAUCGAUCUUCCGAGGAUGAGGUGGACAAAAGACCAACUAGAAGGAAUAUUUGGGAAACAUUUGAUGGCUCAGAAAUUUUAAAUAAAUUUGGCGACUACGAUUUUGGAUCUGCAGAAGUAAAUGUCAUCCAUCUUUCACAAAGGAAGACAGUUGGCGCUGAUGGCUACUACCAAUCAACCUGUGUUAUAUCACUAAAUAAAGAU